GUCUUUUAUUAUUCGGUCGGCGGUCACGUGACGUGAUGCGGAAGUGACGCGCGGCACUCAAAAGAGUUCAGCAUCUGGGAGCCAAAAAAAAAAACACACCAGCUAGCUUCGUUUUCUCAGCAGACAAGCGGACUUUCGGAAGGCAAUAACACCUCGCGCAUUUGGGAUCAGACAGCCAUAAUGAAUCCCGUCUACAGCCCUACACCAACAGGGGUCCCCUUCACCAAUACGAAGGGUCUCGGCUAUCCAGCUGGAUUCCCAGUUGGUUACGCUGCAGCAGCCCCAGCAUACACACCGGGUGUUUACACAGGAGCCAACCCAGCCUUCUCAAGUGGUUACGCUCCUGGGACUCCCUUCAAAAUGUCCUGUUCUCCCAACACGGGGACUGUACCGCCAUACUCCUCCUCCACCAACCCAUACCAAGCUGCUGUCUACCCUGUCAGGAGCACCUACCCCCAACAUAACCCUUAUGCACAGGCGCUGAUCCCGUCACAGCAGCAAGGUACUUACUUCACACAGCCGCUGUAUGCAGCGCCGCCUCACGUGAUCCAUCACACAACAGUGGUCCAGCCCAACGGGAUGCCCGCUGCCAUGUAUGCUCCGCCCAUUCCCGCUCCCCGCAACAAUGGUGUUGCCAUGGGGAUGGUUGCCGGCACCACUAUGGCCAUGUCAGCUGGAACUUUGCUGUCAACUCCGUCACCAGCGCCAGCCGCCCUCGCCCCCCACCCCGUCACCAUGCCCACAUACCGGCCAGCUGGCACGCACAGCUACAGCUACGUGCCCUCGCAGUGGUGAACAGCAGGCCCAGCGCGGUUGGGAGACGCUAUAGUUAUGCAUUCACACUCCAGUGUUUCUUGCUCGCGGUGGUGGAUCUGCUCUGCCAGCGGCCUGUUUGUCUUCUUCCAGCAUAAUGUGAAUCUCAAACCACGUAGGUCCAUUUGGACGGGGGGGGAGGAGGAGGGGGAAGUCAUCCCCACGUCUCGAUGGAAUUAGGUCGCAUUCCACGCUGCUCCCCUACAUGCCUGCUGCGUAUCACACAUUGACCGGCCCUCGGCCUCCAUGCAAUUGUUUAUGCAGGUUUUUCUAGCUUCAACUAGCUCGUGGUGAAAAACGGAGUGCGGAUUAGUUUAUUUCCUCACCGCCCCUUCCCCCCUCCCCUCCUCUCCGUUUUGGAGGCGCAUCCGAUGUUGAAUGCAUGUUCUAUAUGUAGAUAUAUGAAGGUAAUGCUAUCUCAAUCUACUCGCUGCGAUAGAUGCAAAAUCCUACGAAAUAAGCUAGAGAUGGGCAUUGGAACUAACCAGCUGCACUACUUGGCUGCAACCAGCAGGGGCGCCGUUGAUCACUAUUUCCGACAACGUGGCUCUACAGCCAUUGAUCAUAUACAUAUAUAUAUAUAUAUACAGUACAGGCCAAAAGUUUGGACACACCUUCUCAUUUCAAUGUGUUAAAUUUAUUUUCAUGACUAUUUACAUUGUAGAUUGUCACUGAAGACAUCAAAACUAUGAAUGAACACAUGUGGAGUUAUGCACUUAACAAAACAAGGUGAAAUAACUGGAAAACAUGUUUUAUAUUCUAGUUUCUUCAAAAUAGCCACCCUUUGCUCUGAUGACUGCUUUGCACACUCUUGGCAUUCUCUGGAUGAGCUGCAAGAGCUUCACCUGAAAUGGUUUUCAUUUCACAGGUGUCAUAGUUUUGAUGCCUUCAGUGACAAUCUACAAUGUAAAUAGUCAUGAAAAUAAAGAAAACGCAUUGAAAUGAGAAGGUGUGUCCAAACUUUUGGCUUGUACUGUGUGUGUGUGUAUAUAUAUAUAUAUAUAUAUAUAUAUAUAUAUAUAUACAGUACAGGCAAAUAGUUUAAACACCUUCUCUUCAUUCAAUGCGUUUUCUUUUAUUUACAUUGUAGAUUGUCAUUGAAGGCAUCGAUUUAUAAAUGAACACGUGGAGUUAUGUACUGUCAUAGUUUUGAUGCCUUCAGUGACAAUCUACAAUGUAAAUAGUCAUGAAAAUAAAGAAAACUCAUUGAAAUGAGAAGGUGUGUCCAAACUAUUUGCCUGUACUAUAUAUAUAUAUAUAUAUAUAUAUAUAUAUAUAUAUAUAUAUAUAUAUAUAUAUAUAUAUAUAUAUAUAUAUAUGACUAUAUUGCUCUACAGCCACUCCUUUGCAACGUUAUUUUGACCCAUAUGCAGCACGAUGCAAAAGUCCGCCACAAGUUUUCUUGUUUUAAAUCCCCUUUUUUUACAGCUAUCAUUUUGACGCCGUAAAAGAAAAUAGUCGGAGGGGUGGCGCACGCACCAAGGAAGUUGCAGAUCCAUAUCGGUGAGGAUCUGAAUAAAGGUAUUACAGUUUAAGACACACACAUUUGCUAACUACAAAAUAUAUGUUACUGUUUUUUUGGGGGUCCCAAAUGAAGCAUUUUUAAACAUAAAAAUGGCUAAAUAAACAAUCUUAAAAUAUCACUACUAGAGGAGACCACGUUGUUCAGUAUCGUGGCCACUGAUUGGCUCAGCCUUAUAUUGAAAUAAGUAAUGAAAUUGUGUUAUUUAAUUUCUAGAGAGCUAUCUUAAGGUCCUAACAUGUUUUUUGUAUGCUCUAACUCUAAAAAUAUUUACUUUAUAAUGAAUAAUUCCUACAUUGUGGAAGUCCAUUUAUCGCUUAAUAAAUGAAGGAUGACUGUAUUCCUAAUGGUGGCUUUUGGAUAGUGCUGUACAUCUAUAUUUUUUUAAAUAUACUUAUAAAAAAAAAUCUGAUUAGUUAACCGUUUAAAAGUCAAUUUAGUGGAAUGCCCAUCUCUAAACGAACACAUCCAAAGGAAGUCAAAAGUAAUAAAAUUCCCAAUGCUGACUCACCUACUGUGAAAGAUGUUCAUGCAAAAAAAAAAGGAGGAAAAAAAAAAAAGCUGCACCAUGGCGUGCAGAACUGUUCUGUUUUCAAGGCUUUGUGUUUUACCAAGUGAUGCUUGUUCAUUCGACUUUUAUUUCUCUCAGCAAGCCCAUUGUAUGCCAAGUGUUUUUACCCGUAUUUUAGGAAAAGAUUGGGGCUAUUCCAACACGUAAUAAUUCAAAGUGCUCAGUAUCAAUAAGGAAAAGAGCAGAUUUUUGGCUUUUCUGCUCGGAACAGACUUGAUGUGUUUUAGCCAGUUAUGAAAAGAUAAAGAACGGUGCCAUAAAGUACGUCGUAAUCGUCUCAAUAUCGACCUUGUUCUGGAGUCAGUGGGCUGCACCGCGUUAAAGCAGUGAGCAGGGGAACUGCUUUAAUGUUUCAUGUUAUUUGUGUUGAAGCACUACUGACAAGGCACUAAUUGGAAGCAGUUACGGCAACGUUUGCGUUGACAUUGUCAGCAGUUGUAGCAUCAGGUUCUAGGCCGACCCGUCAGAAUCACCGUCUCGGACUUGCUUUGAUGAUGUCACAAUAAUCCGUUUUGUACAUGUUAUUUUUUUGUGCUUUUUGGUUCUUGUUUUGUAUUUCAAAGAAAGAGCAAAAAUAAAAACAAAUAUAAGACGAAAAAUUA